ACAUCACACGGCCUGUCCUGUGAAGUGUGUAAGUUUAAAGCUCAUAAACGCUGUGCGGUCAGAGCCACUAAUAACUGUAAGUGGACGACGCUGGCUUCUAUCGGGAAGGACAUCAUCGAGGACGAGGACGGGGUGUUCAUGCCUCACCAGUGGCUGGAGGGGAACCUGCCGGUGUCUGCUAAGUGCACCGUGUGUGAGAAGACGUGUGGCAGCGUCCUCCGGCUGCAGGACUGGAGGUGUCUCUGGUGCAAGGCCAUGGUGCACUCUGGCUGUAAGGAGCAGCUGUCCUCGAAGUGUCCUCUGGGUCAGUGUAAAGUGUCCGUCAUCCCUCCGACCGCUCUGAACAGCAUCGACUCUGACGGUUUCUGGAAGGCUUCGUGUCCUCCGUCCUGCACCAGCCCGCUGCUCGUCUUUGUCAACUCCAAGAGCGGAGACAACCAGGGCGUCAAGUUCUUGAGACGCUUUAAACAACUGCUGAACCCUGCUCAGGUGUUUGACCUGAUGAACGGAGGACCACACCUGGGUCUGCGUUUGUUCCAGAAGUUUGACACGUUCAGGAUCCUUGUUUGUGGAGGAGACGGCAGCGUCGGCUGGGUUCUGUCCGAGAUUGAUGCUCUCACACUACACAAACAGUGUCAGCUGGGAGUUCUUCCUCUGGGAACCGGGAACGACCUGGCCAGAGUCCUUGGCUGGGGAUCGGCCUGUGACGACGACACGCAGCUGCCCCAGAUCCUCGAGAAACUGGAGAGAGCCAGCACCAAGAUGUUAGACAGGUGGAGCAUUAUGGUCUAUGAGACCAAGUUUCCACGACAACACUCUGCCUCCACGGUCACUGAAGACUGUAGCGAAGAUUCAGAGGUCCAGCAGAUUCUGACCUAUGAAGACUCAGUUGCAGCUCACCUGUCAAAGAUUCUGACCUCAGACCAGCACUCUGUCGUCAUCUCAUCGGCCAAGGUCCUGUGUGAGACGGUGAAGGAUUUGGUGGCUCGUGUUGGGAGAGCGUAUGAAAAGAACACGGAGAGUUCAGAGGAGUCAGACGCCAUGGCUAAGAAGUGUGGGGUUCUGAAGGAGAAGCUCGACUCGCUCUUAAAGACUCUGAACGAGGAGUCUCAGGCCUCCACCCUGCCCCCCCCAGCUCCUCCCCCGACCAUCGAAGAGGAGCAGGAGGAGGCCGAAGGAGUCGCACCACCUCCUCCUCUUCCUCCUCUUCCUCCUCUUCCUCCUCUCCCUCCUCUCCCCCCCUGCUCCUCUCGCUCGUCCUGCUCUGCAGCAGCAGCCAUCUUUAAACCCCGAGAGCAGCUGAUGCUGAGAGCCAACAGUCUGAAGAAAGCCAUCAGACAGAUCAUCGAGCACACGGAGAGAGCUGUGGAUGAGCAGAAUGCUCAGACUCAGCAGCAGCUCUUCUGUCUGAGUCGGGCGGAGGAAGACGAGGGUCUGGUGGAGGAGGAAGAGGAGGAGGAGGUGGAGGAAGAUAAAAUGUCUCUACAGUCGUCCUACAGCAGCAAACACCGCAACACCCGCAGAGUCAGUAAGACGCCCUGUGAGAAGCUGAUCAGUAAAGGAAGCUCUGCAUCUCUUCCUGUCCAGACAGGAAGUAGGGAGAACAUCCCCAUGCUGAAUUCAAAGAUCCUCUAUCCAGGUCUCAGAGGGAUCUCUGGCUCUCUGUCCAGCAGUUCUGUGAUCAGUCGAUUGUUGGUCAAUGCCGACCCUUUCAGCUGUGACCCUGACAACAUGGACUGCUACACUGAGAAAUGUGUCAUGAACAACUACUUUGGAAUCGGACUGGACGCAAAAAUCUCUCUAGACUUCAACAACAAGAGAGACGAACAUCCAGAGAAGUGCAGGAGUCGCACUAAGAACAUGAUGUGGUACGGAGUCCUGGGUACCAAAGAGCUGCUGCACAGAACCUACAAAAACCUGGAGCAGAGGGUCCUGCUGGAGUGUGACGGGCGGCCGAUCCCUCUGCCCAGUCUUCAAGGCAUUGCCGUGCUCAACAUCCCCAGCUAUGCAGGAGGAACCAACUUCUGGGGGGGAACCAAAGAGGACGAUACAUUCACAGCUCCGUCCUUCGAUGAUAAGAUCCUGGAGGUGGUGGCGGUCUUUGGCAGCAUGCAGAUGGCUGUUUCUCGAGUCAUUAACCUGCAGCACCACCGCAUCGCUCAGGUACACUUCCCUCUUUUCCCUUUUUCUCGGGCUGCGCGUCUCUCCCCCAUCUUCAAUACCUCUUUCCAGAGUGUUUAUGUCCGAUCAGC